AUGUCUGUUCCACCGCCUCCAGAGAUCGAAUCCAUUCCAUUCAUGACACUACUACCAGAAUUGCGUGACAAGGUCUAUGAAAAGUUUCUACCGUGGUCUAACAUCAUUGAUGUCACUUUCAUUGAUCUAGCUGUUGAUGGAAAGCUGAUAUUUACUCGACUUACUCUGAAAGACCUCACAGUCCUAAAAAGCCUCAGUAAAGACAUAAAGGCGGAAGUGGAGAGAUUGUCGAAUGCUGUACCAGACAAAAUUGAAGGUCACAAUUUUCUGGGUUUGCCAGAUAUUCUUCACUUCGAUGGAUCGAAAGAUAUGAUUCUUUUGAAUUACUUCGAUUCUCAUCGAUGCGCGACUGUUGAUGAUAAAAUAGCAGAGGCGUUUGGCAAGAGGUUGACUGGAGUCGGCAUAAUUGCACUCCUCUAUUAUGACUUUUCUGGCAAUGAGAAGUCAUGGGCGAAAAUCUUAAAAACUUGCGCUGACUUGAAGGAGGUGUAUAUCAUAUACGCAUGA